GCCCAGUUUCAACUACUUGCAGAAAUUUCAAAUUAGUUGAUUGCAUCCAUUUGCACGGCUUCAGACUAAGUCACUGCUCCUCUUCAGUCUUCAGCUUCCAAAAGUAUAGCUUUCCUCAAAACAAGAGGAAAUCUUAGCUACCUAUUUGCACAUGUUCGUCCAGUUUACAUAAGGUGCCAAGCCAUUGAGUGCCACACCAUCAUCCUAUUCCUGUUUUCCUCAUGGCUUCAGUACUAAAAACCUCAGGCGGCUUUUAGUAUUGUUCAGAGCAGUACAACUAGCCAGAUGGUUUUCAGGCGAGAUUCAUGAGAACACCAUGCAAGAGCUCCCUUCCUCGCCCAGAAACAGCAAAAGUUUAUCCAUGCCUUUCCUUGAACUUGCUGCUGGCCUCCUGCUCUUCUUUGCCUCUCCUACCAGCUCCUGCACGGAGCAGGAGAGUAGCUCUCUCAUCAACUUCCUAGAUGGGCUCAUGCCAGAUGGCAACGGUGAUCUCAACGAUUCAUGGGUGAAUGGCACAAACUGCUGCAAAUGGGAAGGCAUCCUCUGCAGCAGCGAUGGGACAGUCACAGAUGUCUUGCUGGCCGCCAGAGGUCUUAAAGGGGGCAUCUCGCCAUCCCUCGUCAAUCUUACAGGCUUGUUGCACCUAAACCUGUCCCAUAAUUCGCUUGAAGGCAGUCUACCAAUAGAAUUAGUUUUCUCCAGAAGCAUUAUUGGCCUCGACGUCAGCUUCAACCGCCUCAAAGGUCAUCUACAAGAGAUGCAAUCCUCAAACCCCAGCCUUCCUCUCCAGGUACUGAAUAUCUCAAGCAAUUCCUUCACAGGACAGUUCCCAUUAACAACAUGGAAGGUGACGAAGAAUCUGGUUGCUCUUAAUGCAAGCAAUAACAGCUUUACAGGACAAAUACCAUCUUCUAUCUACAUCAAUGCCCCAUCAUUUGCCAUGCUUGAUCUCUCAUAUAACCAAUUCAGCGGCAAUAUUUCUCUGGGGCUUGGCAGUUGCUCUAUGCUGACAGUGCUCAAAGUUGGCCACAACAACCUUGUUGGAGCUCUCCCUGACGGACUCAUCAAUGCUACCUCACUGGAGCACAUCUCUUUAGCCAACAAUGGUUUGCAAGGAGUUCUUGGUGGUUCCCAUAUAUUCAAAUUAAGCAGUCUGACUGUCCUUGAUCUUGGAUCGGCUGGUCUCAGUGGCACGAUUCCAGCUUCUGUCGGCCAGCUAAGAAGAUUAAAGAAACUCUACUUGGAUCACAACAAUAUGUCUGGUGAACUGCCAUCGGCCCUAGGUAACUGCUCAAAUCUCGGAUACAUUACCCUCAGAAACAACAGUUUUACCAGGGAUCUUAGCAAAGUCAAUUUCACCAUGUUGGAUCUGAGGACAGCUGAUUUUUCAUUGAACAACUUCACUGGUACAAUUCCUGAAAGUAUCUACUCAUGCACCAACCUAGUUGUGUUACGCCUGGCUUUCAAUAAAUUUCAUGGCCAGUUCUCACCAAGCAUUGGAAAUCUCAGGUCCCUCUCCUUCUCAAUUACCGGCAACUCUUUUACAAAUAUCACAAAUACACUUCAGAUGCUCAAGAGAUGCAAGGAUCUCACCUCCCUGAUGAUGGGAAGCAAUUUCAAGGGUGAAACCAUACCACAUGAUGAAACAUUUGAUAGUUUUGGGAAUCUUCAGGUAUUGACCAUAGACGAUUGCCCAUUGACCGGACAAAUACCUCUUUGGAUAUCAAAGCUUGCAAAAUUGGAGAUGCUAGAUUUAUCAUUAAAUCAACUCACUGGACAAAUACCAUCCUGGAUUGAUGAACUGGGCUUCCUGUUCUUUCUAGAUAUAUCAAGCAACAAACUUACAGGGGAUAUACCAGCUGCAUUGACAAAGAUGCCAAUGUUACUAUCAGAGAGAAAUGCUGCCAAGUUGGACACAAGGUUCCUUGAGUUGCCUGUAUUUUGGACGCCAUCACGUCAAUACCGGACGGUCGGUGCUUUUCCCAGCAAAUUGUGUCUGGACAACAAUAAUUUUACUGGUGUAAUUCCCCCUGAGAUUGGUCAGCUACAAAUGCUCGACAUCCUGAAUUUAAGCUCCAAUAGCUUAACUGGUGAAAUACCACAAGAAAUCUGCAACCUCACAAACCUGCAAAUUCUUGAUCUGUCGAACAACCAGCUCACAGGUGAAAUAGCACCAGCCAGCCUGGUUGAUUCUGAUCAAGUGCAAGGUUGUAAAUGUUCCAUCGGAUCACCUUGUAGCAAAAUCAUGUCCCUCCCUUUCUCAUCCAAAGGCCCAUAA